ACAAGAAACUUUCCACACCAAAAGGUGGCAGUGUCCGUCUCACUUUCUUUUUUCUUCAGUGAUAUAACCCGCCAAACUCUCUUCACCUCAUGUGUUGCAGAAAUGGCGACUCGAGCCAAAUCAGGUCGUGGAAGGAAGCGUAAGACUGACGUGGAUGCAGAAACAGCUGCAGUGGAGGAGAAGAAAGAAAAACUUGAUGGAGUUGACAAAAAAGAUGAAGAAACAGGACAAAGGGUCGUCAUUGAGCAUUGCAAAAGCUGACGGGUUUAUGGGCGGAAUGCUGAAGGUGUGCGUGAGGCACUUGCAGCUUCGCACCCUGAACUUUGUGUGGUGCUCAAUCCUCAGAAACCUCGGAGGAACAGCUUUGAGAUCAUACUGAUGGAGGGAGACAAAGAGGUUGUUUUGUGGUCUGGCAUUAAGAAGGGUCCUCCACGCAAACUAAAGUUUCCUGAUCCAGCUGAAGUGGUUUCUGCUCUGAAGGAAGCGUUGAGGAGCGAGUAGAGGUUAUAAGGAG